AUGGCGCUGGAAAGCUUACUGGCCAGAGAAUCUGUCCGCAGCAUCCAGGAGUGGCACGAUAGCUUGGCAGACGAGACAGCAGCAUUGCGAGACGUUUCUUCCGAUGUUUGCUGGCAGGGAGGCUUCACGAAGGAGAAGUGCUGUCGUGGAGAUGCAUCAACCGCACCAGAAUGUUGGGAUGGGAGCUACAGCUUUGGAGAAUGUUGUCCCAAUGCUGACUGUUGGGUUGGGGAGUCCUUUACCUAUGAGUUCUGUUGUGGGGCCAAGUAUGGUUCCACGGGCAACCCUGCCUGCUGGGCUGGCUCAUUCACCUACCAGCUCUGCUGUCUGGCGAAUGGGACUUCAAACAGUUGGGCAGAUGUACUUGCAUCACAAGUCGAAACAGAGCAGUUCUAUAAGAUGGAUGAUUUCUACACUGAUGCGCAGUAUGGAGAUGAGUGGGGGUAUUAUUCAAAAGGGCAUGUGCUACUGGGUGGGGGAAAAGGAGGCCAGGGGGACACACAGAGCACACAGCAAUUUGCGCAUUUCACCACCUACCCUAUGGCACUGUCUCCACACUUCGCAAGAGUCUUUUGCCGCUUGCUCUUCGUCAUGUGGGUCCAACUGAAUGAGCGCGCACCCUUCCGGGUGGUAGAGAUGGGUGCAGGCUCUGGUCAGCUGGCCUAUGACACACAGCAAUGUGUUCGAACAAAUGCGCUGGGUCUGGCGCCGCCUGUUUGGCGUCGCUGGACAGCGGCCUUUGAGUUCCUAGGUCUCCUGCACUUCGCAAGCGACAGCAGUCUCGAGGACUACGAUCAGUUGCCGGGGAUGCGCAGAGCACAGCCAGUUGCAAGUCGGUCUUGGCAGCGUUGGCCGCUUCAACUGCCUGCCAAGGACGGCGCAGAGGGCUUGGAUGCUCCAGAGUGCGAGGCCAAGGACCGAGGCACAGCAGAGGCUGGUGCUUCAGUUGUUCUGUCCAACGAGUUGUUGGAUGCAUUUGCGCCGGUGAAGCUGCGGUUUGGCCUUUAUGGGCAGCCGAAUAUCACCCACUGCGGUUCCUGGCAGGAGGUGCGCUUGGUGCACACCAUUCCAGAGGAGAGACUGCGGUAUCUGCUGGCCAUUCUGGGCCAUUCGCAGGCUGGUGCUGAGGGAACGAUUCAACAAGUCAGGGCCUACACUCAGACAACUUUCUGUGCAAUGGCCAACACCUCGAUUGGCCAGGAGGCUCAACAGAAGGUGGGCGUCAACACAUCUUGCUUGGCAAUUGCUUUCAGUUUGAGUGAGCUGGUGAAUCACUUGGACCUUGGAAUCCCUUUUGCAUCGCACAACAUGCGCAUGCGGAUCAGGAAGGACUCGAAGCUGUUUGACCGGCUACGCUCGAUUACAACCCGUCUUGACGGUGAACUGCGAGCUUCUGUGGCGCUGCCGCGCGAUAUCUAUCGCCAGGUCCGCCACCAACUGCGAGAUUUGCCAGACUUCGAGGCCGAGUUCCUACAUGCUACCCAUACUCACCUGCUCCCGGUGUCUCUGUCAGAGGACCGCUGCGAGGAGCUGGAAUGGUGGUUCAAAGCCCACGAGUCGCGGAUUGCCCGGCUGGCGCUCUUCUACCGUAAGCUAGGCUACCCGGCCGUCCACGUCGUUGUGCGGCCUGGAGAGGACAAUUUCAUCGACCUUGUCGAUUGCCUGUUGGGGCCCACUGGUGGCUACAAGCUGAGCCUGGACUAUGGGGCCAACUUUGAGGGACUGACCCACAGCCUCAGCGUCGACGGGGACAAUGAUGGCAUAUUCGUGCCGCCGAUCCCACAUGAGCUGAUGGUAGGGUUGCCGGAAUGUCACAACUUCUGGCCGAAGUGUGCUGGUCGCAUAGACUGGACGACCUUCGUAGAUUUCACAAAUCUGGCCGCGGCCGGUGAAAGGCGUGGAUGGCGGACUCUGUUCUACGGUCCACAAAAUUUGCUGGAACAAGUCAGCCGGUUGAACUUGACUCUGAAAGGCCAUUCCUACUCGAUUCCAGGCUAUGCUGUGCUGCAAGAUGACUGGAUAUCAAGACACGUGAAGGGAUGGUAUGGGCGGGAAAGUGACAUGGAUGGAACGGGUGUGCAGAGGUGGACCUCCUUCAAAGCCUUGCUUCUGGAGAAGCCCUCUGCGCAGCAGACCCCGAGCCCUAUCCUUUUCCCGUCCUGGCACUUAGACACCCGCUUGGUGGAUCCAUGCUGGAGCUUCGACCCUUCCACAGUUCCCCUUGCCGACUGGAUUCCCAGACAAGGCAACGAUCCACAUGCGGCGCUACUGAAGUUAACCGAUGAAAUCAACAGUGGGCUGGGAAGGCAAUAUGCCGAAGGCUAUGAAGAGGUUCAGUUGGGCGUGCGCUUGGUGGACUUCAUCGUGGCCAAGUCUGGCUGCGACAUGCUUCGUCCCGAGAAUGCCGCUGCAAUACUGGAACGCCCGAGCAAUUGGAAGUCGCUAAGGCAUCGUCUGCUGCAGAAGUGGGGCGAGAUGUGGGGAGAGGAGACCGUCUCGCGCGUCGCCCUGGAGAUCUUCAAGCGCUUAGCAGAUGAUGGUUCGCAGCUGCCGACCACUCCCUUCGCUUGUGCUGGUGAGCAGGCCAUGAAACUACUCUGCGAGUCACCCGGGGGCGGCAGCAAGACUGGACCAGGCUGGGUGCCAGUGCCAGUCAUUGACCUCUCCGACGAGGAAUUUCAGGAAGUCCCUAGCCCAAAGCGGCGGCGCCUCUCCAGUCCCUCAAAGGGCCGUCCAGUUGCAAGCCCUCUGGGGAAUCCCCAAACGACACCUGGCGGUCUUGGGGCCCCGAUUUUUCCAGAAGCCAACAUGGACUUCCUGCGGCAUUUGGAAGAAAGAGGUUUUGCCGUCUUGGAAGGCAUCCUCGGUAGUGUACAGAGCUGCCACAGCUUCCUUGAGGAGUUCUGGGGUGCCAUGACGGCAGUAGUGCCAGGGCUUGAUCCUUUGCAAGAACGGACUUGGAAUUUUCCCAAGGGUUUUCGCGGAAUUGUCACAAGCUAUGGGCUUCCGCAAGCUGACUUUGCCUGGAGGAUACGGGCCCAUCCGCGGGUUCAGGACGCCUUCUCCCGCAUCUUCAAAACAAACGACUUGGUGGUAAGCCUUGAUGCGAUCAUUGCAGAAGCGCGUGCUGCAAAAACGAAGCUGGCACCAUGGCUCCACAAAGACCAGCAUCCUUCGCACACAGACCUAUCUGUGCAAGCUGUUUACACUCACUUCGGGAGUGGGCCCCACGAGUCCGGAACAUGCGUGGUUCCAGGGUCCCACAAGAUCACCUACGACUGGGAGAAGGCCGCCCGGUCCGAUCACGUCCGCGCUCCAGAAGAUAGUAGGUUUGAGGUGGUGAAGCCAAAUGUGCCCCCUGACUCCAUGGUCUUCUUCAACUCCAGGCUUGUGCACGCCAGCCUCUGUGGUAGCCCCCAGGCUCCUCCCCGGAACACUCCACGGCCUGCAAGGUUAGGCCUCUGUGUGGCCUAUGCUCCCCGUUCCCGGCGCUCCGAAGUCACAAGGCGCAAGAAGGAGAAGGCUUACCUUGAGGGGAAGUGCAGUUCUCAUUGGCCCUGUGAUCGUUUUUCUUUGAAGCCUCCCUUGAAGCACUACCAAGUUCUGAAGGGUGCGGUAAGCUUACCGCCGCCCCCGCCAAGUGCUGAGCGCUUGUCCUUGCUCUAA